AUGAGCCACGGCUCGCUCGUAGAUCCGUCGUUUGAGCUUAUCGACCCGUGCCCGGAUAUUCAUGCACUGUUUGUGCAAUUCGACGACAGGUUGGCGAACUUGAGAGUUAGAAAAGUAGAAAGUUACCAAAAGAUUUGCAGAUUCUUCGGCGGAGCGCUCUCGUGUUGCGAAGUGAAAUGGAGCCCUCGCAUGUACUCGUGAGUGACUGCAUGGCAUUACGACGUUGCCCGACAACCGAGCCGUUCGCAUUUAGUGUUUUUAUUCGUUUCGCAGAUGCGCCGGAAUUUGCUCGUACGAAGUGCGCGGCGGUCGUGGAGGUCUCUGCUCGAUUCGACUCAGCAAACCGCUUCUGACCCUCAGACCACGCAAAGAUCUCGUUGAGACGCUUCUGGUAGGUUUUGAAAACACCUUCAAAAUGUCAAAUUUGAAUUUAAAUUGCAGCACGAGAUGAUCCACGCAUUCCUGUUCGUCAAAGAGCGAAACCGAGAUCGCGACGGACACGGACCACAAUUUCAGGCGCACAUGCACCGCAUCAACCAGUCGAGCGGCACCAACAUCACCAUCUAUCACAGUUUCCACGACGAAGUCCGUCUCUACAAGCAGCACUGGUGGAGGUGUGCCGGGCCGUGCAGGGACCGCCGUCCGUUCUUCGGCUAUGUGAAACGAUCCUGUAACAGAGCGCCCGGACCCAACGACCGAUGGUGGAAGCAGCACCAGGAAACUUGUGGAGGUAGUAUACGGCUGAAUCUUGAAUCAAAAAACAUUGAAUUACAGGUCGAUUUGAAAAAGUAAAAGAACCAGAGGGUUACGGUCAGAAGAAGUCGAAGAAGAAGAGAGAGGAGACCGGAAAGAAUGCGCCGGCAGCCAAAAAAGCGAACACCUCGCCGCCCAAAGACAACAAGACGCUUGAUGAUUACUUUAAAAAACCCUCGAAAAAAGGCGCCUCUCCUGUCAAGCCUAGCACUUCCUCGCCAAUCAAAGUCUUCGGAGGAACUGGCCAGAAACUCGGCGGAUCAUCGGCCACCUCGACCCUCCUCAACUCAUUUCCGGGAUCUUCCCGUCCUGCUCUGCCGAAAGUGGAAGUGGAAGUGAUCUGCCUGUCGGACAGCGACGGCGACGACGAGGACAUUCUGGAAAUCUCGUUCGUCGCCUCGCCCACCACCGUCAUCUGUCCGUCGUGCAACGAAGAGCUGCUAGAAGCGUUCAUACACUCGCAUCUCGACGAGUGUCUCGCAUAA